UACCACUUUCAUUAUUAUUUUCUCUAAAUUCAUCGUCAUCACGAUUUUGUUGUUUCAAACCAUUAUUGGCUAAAAUGAUAUCACUGGUAACUCAAGUCAUUAUUCUUUCAUCACUUGUCACCCUCACAAGAUCACAAUCUAGUACCUGCAGAAAUUCUUGUGGCGACAUUCCAAUUCAAUACCCUUUUGGAAUUGAUGAUGGAUGUGGAAGUCCUUACUACAGACACAUCCUCCUCUGUUCUGACUCAGGCAAGCUUCAACUCAGAACCCCAUCCGGGACAUAUCCCGUUAGGAACCUCUCUUACGCAGAUCCACACAUGGUUGUCACUGAUCCAUUCAUGUGGACUUGUCAGGACGGUGAGAGUUUUCGAGCCACAAGGCCAUUCAGUUUGGACACAAGCACACACUUGAAGCUUUCAACACAGAAUGAGUACAUAUUCUUGAACUGUAGUGAAGACAAUGUAAUCAUUCAACCAAAGCCUAUGUUCUGUGAGCACUUCCCUGAACACUGUGAUUCAUCUUGUGACAGUGCCAGCUACCUCUGCAGGCACUUACCACAGUGCUCUUUCGCUCUCACUCAUACUUCUUGCUGUUCUUACUAUCCAAAAGCCACUGAAUCGUUGAGGUUGAUGCUCAAGUAUUGUUCUAGUUAUGCUAGCAUUUAUUGGAGGAAUGUUGGUGCUCCUCAACCUUAUGAUCAAGUUCCUGAGUAUGGGAUCAGGGUUGAUUUCGAUAUACCGGUAACUAUGCGUUGCCUUCAAUGCCAGGAUCCAUUGAAAGGUGGUGGAACUUGUGGAUUUGAUACUCACACUCAGAGUUUCACGUGCCUAUGCAAGCAGGGAAACUCCACAACCCAUUGUAAAGAUUAUAACAUUGCACAGCACAAUAAGAGGGUCCAAGUGAUUGCAGGGACAGUUACAGGUGUUUCUGCCGCAGGAGCAAUUGGAAUUGGAGCUGGUAUUUGGUACUUGAAGAAACUGAGAGCUACAUCACCAGUAACAUGUGGAGUUCAAACAAAUGAGAACCGACUAUUCUAAAAAACAUACGACACAUCUAUAGUUUUUAUUGGUAUAGAGUUUGCUUCCCCAAUUUUCCUAGUUUUGUAUUGGCAUCUCUAUGUGAUUUAAUUAUGUAAGUUUAUAGUAUAAAAGAAUAAAUUAUUUUUAUU